CCAACAUUCGCCCAUAUCGCGUAUCACCGUUAGAUGGUGCAUCAGUUUACUUUGAUCGGCAUGUUCCCGCCAAAACAACCAGUUGCUGAGCGAGUUGCGCGCAGCAGGCGAUACGCAGUCUCUCGUGCACACGAGUCACGUUGUACUAAAAACAAAAUUCAACGCGUGUUUUGUAUUCUUGUGAAUGUCACUUCUUUCUGUUAUUGACAAAGUUUAUGUGGCCUCUAGUCGUAACAACUUUUGUGAAGCUUCGUCGUUAAUUUCUCAUUAUUCUCGCCGCUUUCAAAUAAUAGCACGUGUCUAUACUUCGAACGGGAAUAUUCGACAUUCGUGUGAAAAUGUACGUCAAAGUCAAAACGGUCGAUGGUAAACAGGAGGUUGUUUUGGAUGUUUCGAAAUUAACAAGAAUCGAAGAACUUAAGUUCAUGGUGACACUGAAAUGGUCAAUAGAAGAAAAUCUCCAGAAAUUAUUUUACCGUGGCAAGUUGCUAGAAGAAGGUUACAAAUUGUUUGAUUACAACAUCAACACGAACGAUGUAAUACUAUUGAUGGUAAACAAUGAAAUGGAGACUGACGAAGAAAGUCAAAGCGAAGAAUCUAUGGAUGAAGAUGACAUGGUUAAAGAGAAGCUUACAAACAAUAAAAAUCCAGACAAAGUUACUAGUCCUUUUUACAAAGCUGGUGACAAAGUGGAUUGUCAAGAUAAAGAAUACGGCGGCUGGUUUGAAGCUGAAAUUCAUGGAAUUCAUAAAAAAUCAGGUAUCAUUGGAUACAGCGUUAAAUGGGAAUUUGGCGAAGAUGAAGAACCUUUCGACGUUGAAGAAAAUAUCAUAAGACCAAGGGCUUACAAGCUUUUGUCCUUUGAAGAAUUAAAAAUCGGCGAUAAAGUUAUGAUCAAUCAUAAUAUUGACCAACCGAACAAAAAUGGCUUCUGGUACGAUUUUACAAUACUUGAAAUUAAAAGAAAUACAAAUCCAGUGGAACUUGUCGGCACCAUACACAUUGGCAAUCAGCAAACUGUGCGGAACCAGAAGGUGUCAACAUGGAGUGAGGUUUAUGCGAUCGAAAAAGCAAAGUUAUUAGAAAAUCGAAAUGAUGAAGAAGAGAAGAUAAUGAGAGAGGGAACACCAAAGAGAAAAAGAGCAGUAAUCUGUGAGAAUUGCAACGACGAUCAGCACAAAAACUGCAAAGAGUGUGGAUGUAAAGCCUGCGGUGGUAAACACGAUUCUCACGUUCUAUUGCUCUGCGACGAGUGCAAUUACGCCUAUCAUCUUCAGUGCUUGAAUCCCCCACUCGACGCACUACCCAACGAUGCUUAUUGGUAUUGUGCUGGUUGCAAACGGGAUGAGAAUGAAAUCGUCGAGGCAGGGGAUAAAAAGCAGACGAAGAAAACGAUGCAAAGCUCGGGUAAAACAAAAGAGAAAAACUGGGAGAAUGGUAUGACAUGCUUGGGGCGAGAGGAAGAGUGCACGAUAGUUCCGAGCAACCAUCGCGGUGCUGUACCAGGUGUUGAAGUCGGAACGUCUUGGCUAUUCCGGUUAGGAGUCUCACAAGCUGGAGUGCACAGACCUCGCAUUGGUGGGAUUCACGGUCGGGAAAAAGACUGCGCUUAUUCGAUCGUUCUAUCUGGCGGUUACGAGGACAACAUUGACGACGGCGAUGAAUUUAUAUACACGGGCUCGGGCGGUCGAGAUUUGUCAGGAAACAAGAGAACGGCCGAGCAGAGUUGCGAUCAAACGCUGACGCGUAUGAAUAAAGCUCUCGCACUCAAUUGUAGCGCGAAACUCGACUCGACCCUCGGAGCUGAAGCGGAGAAUUGGAAAGACGGAAUUCCAGUCAGGGUCGUACGGAAAUAUAAUCGACGUGAACAUAAAUACGCUCCGAAAAUUGGAUACCGAUACGAUGGAUUGUACAAGGUCGUCAAGUAUUUUCCCGAAACUGGGAAAAGUGGAUAUUCGGUGUGGCGUUAUCGUUUAAGAAGAGACGAUCCCUCUCCAGCGCCUUGGACAGAUGAGGGCAAAGAAAGAAUAGCUGCUCUCGGCUUGGAACUCAUUUGUCCCAAAGGAUAUGAGAUGGACUCGGUGAAGGAAAAGAAAACAAGAAAGUGCAACGAGUUGGAAGAGGGCGAUGACGAUUUGGGGGAAAAGCCAGCGAAGAAAAAGUUCAAACGUGAAAAUUAUAGAUUGGGAAAAAAAAUCGUUAAACUCAUGAAACUAGAUGCUGCAAACACGAAACUAUGGGAUGAUUGUCGAUCUGUAGUGAGCGGAGGGAAAUCUGCUUUUUUGGAACGCGUCAUCUAUCGGUUCUUAUGCGUCAGCUGUCAGGAGCUGGUCUACAGGCCGAUUACAACGCCAUGCGGUCACAAUAUUUGCAAACAUUGUUUGAAAAGUCGUUUCAAACUUGGAGUCUAUACUUGUCCGGCUUGUCGCCACGAUUUGGGGGACAACCAGCCCGAUAAAGUGAACGAGCCAUUAUCCGAAGCUCUGUUAUUGCUUUUCCCGGGUACGAGAACACAAGAUAACUCGUCAUAGCUUCAAAUUCACGCAAGCCAUAGAAAACGACGUCUCUUCGAUGCACACUCGACGAGUUACAGCCAAAAAAAAGUAUUCUGCGAUAUUAGUUUAAAAGCUUGUCAUUUCUUCAUACGAAAGACGAGAUUUCUUGUUUGUUUGUUAUUUUUCGUUUGCCUCACGAUUUCGUGCCGUUUGGGUGAUAAAUGUAAUUUAAUGAA